AUGGGUACGUCGCUUGGCACAUUGCUUCAAUAUGCAUCACAGUCUGCAAUCACUCAGUUAUUCCUCUUUAUUGUUGUUUUCUUCAUCUACGGUUGGCACAAUUUGGAUGCCGAUGUACGGAUAAUGAUUGGUGCCAGCGAUAAUCGUUCGCUGCUGGCAUUUCUGCUUGGCGCAACAAGUCCGCUUUAUACUGCUUUACUGUUUACUUCUGUACCUGCUUUUCUUGUGCAUAUCGAUUAUGCUACGGCAUUCAUCUCUUCAUCCAAAACGAUUUGUCGAUUUUUUGGCUAUCUGGUAUUGUUCGGUCCAGCAGCCAUUAUCCUUGUUUUUAUCAUUGUUGCUUACUAUAUCAGUGCUAUUCGCUAUAAAAUGAUCCGCAAUAGAUAUCAGCCAAUCCGGCAGCCAGUCAUAAAAGAGUCAGCGGUCAUAGUCAACAGAAUGCUAGCCGUCGUAGUCGAUUUGGCAGCGAAAACAGUUGUAAAUAAUGCAUUGUACACUCGAUUCAUUGGCAGUAAUGAACAAGCAGCGGCUGGUAAUUUUCGUACCAUUUUAUUUGUUGGUUUAAUAACAUUUCACAUUCUGUCGUUGCUCGAAUUGCGCUGGACACUGAAGCGAUGGGAUCAUUCAUCCAGGUAA